AUGACGCUGGCUGAAGAAUUCAGGUCGCGCAACUUCAGUAUCUACGGACAAUGGCUGGGGGUACUAUGCAUCAUCCUGGGGUUCGCCUUGGGCAUUGCCAAUAUCUUCCACUUCAACCUCCUGAUCAUAUUCAGCGUCAUCCUCCUUUGCUCAUCGCUUAUUCUGAUCUUCAUCGAAAUCCCUCUCCUCUUGCGCAUCUGCCCGACCUCGGCCAAGUUCGAUGCCUUCAUCCGUCGGUUCACCACAAACUACAUGAGAGCAGCCAUCUAUGGGACCAUGUCGCUCGUCCAAUGGCUCAGUCUCAUCGUGGACAGCAGUAGCUUGAUCGCGGCAGCUGUCUUCCUCCUACUGGCGGGCCUUUGCUAUGCCAUGGCAGGAUUGAAACAGCAGGAUUUCGUUGGAAGCAAGACUCUUGGAGGACAGGGUGUGGCGCAGAUGAUCGUCUAA